CGGCAGCAGCGGCGCUCGUGCAGCAGAACUUUGUCUAGAACUUUUGUUUUUGUGUUUUAUUCGGUUUUGUUGUGGCGGGAAUCCGCGGGGGCACGUGACGUCACAGCACGAGCAGCUGAACGCGAGUCCUGUUCGUCAUCAACCAGGAAGUGAAGACAGCAGGUGGAGCUUCAGCUGAGUGGCGACAGAACGGUGAGACCGGACGGACCGGUGGAACCAGAAACACCUGCAGACAGAGAGUACAGAGAGUACAGUGACCCAGAGGACGCAGCGGUUCUGAAUGUUGGUGCACGAGGACGUGAGACGGACGAACAGCUGCAGGCAGACGUUGGACAGUGAUGAAGAGGAGUCGGCUGUUGGCGCUGCUGGUGGGCGGAGUCUUCUGCCUGGCUGUGAUGUCACUGUACCGCGUGCUGGAGCAGAUGCAGGGGGCGGAGCCUCAUCGUCGCGGAGACGCACCUGACGAGCAGGUGGACGAAGAUUUGUCCCGCCUUCAGCAGAAGAUUGACAGGUUGGAACAGCUCCUCAGUGACAACAACCAGCUGGUUGCUAGGCUGCGGGACUCUUUGCUCCAACGCAAAGUAUCAUGGGAAAGAGAGAGGGGAGGGGCCAAUGGCAGCUCAGACUCUACCUACAGCCGAGCAGACCGACUUCCUGGCUGCCGAUUGGCCAAAGAGAUGAAAGAUGGCGCAGGCGGAGUGCAGCUGCUGGACGUGUACGACCUGCUGUCCUUCGAUAACCCCGAUGGCGGCGCCUGGAAACAGGGCUUUGAGAUUGGUUACCGUGGAGACGAGUGGGACAACCAGCCGCUGGAGCUCUUCCUGGUUCCGCAUUCACACAACGACCCUGGUUGGCUGAAGACAUUUGACAGUUAUUACCAGGACCAGACGAGACACAUCCUGGACAACAUGCUGCUGAAGCUGAGCGAGGACCACAGGAGGAAGAUGAUUUGGGCAGAGAUCAGUUAUUUCUCAAAAUGGUGGAACGACAUCGACGAGCAAAAGAGAGCGACGGUCAAACGCCUAGUGGGGGCGGGGCAGCUGGAGCUGGUGACGGGUGGCUGGGUGAUGGCAGAUGAAGCCAACUCUCAUUACUUCGCUCUGCUGGAUCAGCUGAUGGAGGGCCACCAAUGGCUGCAGAGACACCUGGGCGUGACGCCGAGCAGCGGCUGGGCCAUCGACCCUUUCGGACACUCCCCUUCCAUGACCUACCUGCUGAAGGGGGCGGGGCUUCAAAACAUGGUCAUCCAGAGGGUUCACUACGCUGUCAAGAAGCACUUUGCCCGGCAACAGACGCUGGAGUUUCUAUGGCGACAGAGCUGGGACUCCUCCCCCCACAGUGACAUCAUGUGUCACAUGAUGCCGUUCUACAGCUACGACGUGCCGCACACCUGCGGUCCGAACCCGGCGGUCUGCUGUCAGUUCGACUUCCACCGCCUGCCGGGGGGGCGGGUCUUCUGCCCAUGGAGAGUCCCGCCUGAGCCAAUAACAGAGCAGAAUGUCCAGGAGCGAGCGCUGCUCCUGUUGGAUCAGUACCGGCAGAAGUCUCAGCUCUUCCGUUCUCCGGUUCUCCUUGUUCCUCUCGGCGAUGACUUUCGGUUCGUGGAGUCGAGCGAGUGGGACGCUCAGUUCACCAACUACCAGAAGCUGUUUGACUACUUCAACCAGCAUCCGGAGCUCCAUGUCAAGGCUAGUUUCGGGACUCUGGCCGAUUACUUUGACGCUCUACAUCGCCGUCUUAGUACCGCUGGAACGUCGCUACCAACUCUUCGUGGAGACUUCUUUACGUACGCCGACCGGGACGACCACUACUGGAGCGGAUUCUUCACGUCACGCCCGUUUUACAAACGCCUGGACCGGACGCUGCAGGCGACACUCAGAGCGACAGAAAUCCUCUUCAGCCUGACUUUGGCUGAAAUGCGUCGUUUCAGUGUCGAUGGUCGUCUAGCUGCAGAUUUUCCGGCUCGUGAACACUUUCAGCGCCUGACGGUGGGGAGGCGGAACCUGGCGCUGUUUCAGCACCACGAUGCCAUCACCGGCACUGGCCGAGAUCCAGUGGUGGUCGACUAUGGCACCAGGUUGUUUCACUCCAUCCUGAACCUGCGCCAGGUGCUGCAGAGCUCCGCCCACUGGCUGCUCCUACUGGACAAGAGCCAGUACCACCAUGACCAAUCAAAACCCUUCCUGCAAAUGGACGAUGUGAUCUGGGCACAGGACGCUCUGCCGCAGAAGACGACGCUUACGCUCAGUGCCGAGCCCAGGUCAUUGAUCGUCUUUAACCCGACCGAGCAGCUCCGUACCUCCGUCAUCAGCGUCACCGUCGACUCUCCAGAUGCUCGUGUCGUCGAUGCAGAAACAGGCCGACCAAUGGCUGCUCAGAUCUCUGCGGUGUGGGCGGAGCCAAGCCAAGUUUCCACAGAGGCGUUUCAGCUCUCCUUCGCAGAUGAACUUCCUCCGCUGUCACUCGUCGUCUAUCAUGUGACCAAAGCGGCGGCUGGCUCCACCCCUCGGGCACGCUACACCAUCCAUCGUCGUGGCGACCCACCAACCAUCCACAAUGAGCAUUUUCAGGUGUCCCACCCCCCUGAGGCCAACGCCCCCCUGUUGCUUAGCAACAAACACAUCCAGCUGUGGAGCUCCUGGGAGACGGGCCUGCUGCAGAAGCUCCGUCUGCAGUCUGGUCUGCUCCGUCAGCUGCAGGUCCAGUUUCUGUGGUACGGAACCAGAACCGGAGCCAACCAGGAAAAGAGCGGAGCGUACCUGUUCCUACCUGGAGAGGAGGGGCCUCAGCCCUAUUCGUCGUCAGAGCCUCCGCUGGUUCGGGUCUCCAGAGGUCCGAUCUUCUCUGACAUCACCUCAUGUUUCCGCCAUUUCACACACACAGUUCGCCUCUUUCACCUGGACGGGCAUGCUGGGAGGUCGCUGGAGAUUUCCAACAUGGUGGACAUCAGGUCAGAGGUCAACCGCGAGCUUGUCAUGCGACUUGUCAGUGACGUUGCCAACGGCAACCGUUUCUACUCCGACCUCAACGGUUUCCAGAUGCAGCAGCGUCGGACUCUGGCGAAGCUCCCUCUGCAGGCAAACUUUUACCCGAUGAGCUCGGCGGCGUUUCUGCAGGACUCGGCGAGUCGCGUGUCGCUGCUGGCAGCUCAGAGCCAGGCGGUGGCGUCGCUCCGACCAGGUGAGUCAGCAGAUCACCUGCCUCGGCGCUCUGACUGCAGCUGAUUUGUAUGUUAAUAAGUAUUUUUAGUAUUUUUCGUUCUACACGCUGCCUGUUGACAGAUGUUCUGUCCGUUGGUGAUCAGGACCAUAUGGGUCUUGAUCAAAGCGUCACCGGUUCUCUUUGAAGCAGCUGCUGACAGAAAACUCCCAGAGCUCAUCUUCUUCUCUUCUGUUCCUGUGUUAUGAAGCAUCUGUGAGGUUAUGAAAAAGCGCUGUAUAAAACGUAUGCGUUGCCAUUAUUAGUAUUCGUGUCACCUUUGUUACC